AUGUCAGGCGGCUCGCAACACAAUCCGAAUGGUCGACAAUCUCAAUUGGGCCCCGGUUGGAGCCCCUUGCAGUUACAGGUGGCGAAUUUCUUGGCGCGGGCCCCGCAGGCCCACAUGGCGUCGGAGCGGGGCGUCACUUGGCACACACCGACGCCGCCGCCUCACCUCUACCACGUGCCGGCGCCUUCGCCCCCGGAUCCCCUGCAGGCGAUGAAAGGCGCGGGCGCCAACUCGGUGUUCCGGCACACGGCGACACCUCCCGAGCUCUACCGACACACGCCGACACCGCCAGACAAACAUCUGUUGAGGCACACUCCCUCACCGGGUGACGUGAAAUCAAACGCAACACUACCUCCUGCAGAGCUCUACCCCCAUUUGGGCCCCGCCAGAGACAAGAUGGUGCGCGCGGAGGAGCUGCUGGCGUACGCGCGGGGCGGCGUCGACCUGACGGUGGGCGGGCCGCGGGGCGCCAACGGCUCGCCCGCCCCCGCCCCCGCCGCCGCCGCCGCCGCGGGCGCCCCCGCCCCCGCGCCCGCGCUCUCCGUGCGCGACGCCCCCACCAUCAACAGCCUGAUCGCGCGCGCCGCCCCGCACGCGCGCGGCCCGCUGGCGCGCGUCGACGCCCUCCUCGAGCGGCUCGCCCCCGCGCCCGCCGCCGCCCUCGCGCCCGCCCCCGCGCCCGCCUCCCCCCACUCGGUCAUCGUGCACCCGCGCACCGCGCACACCCCCUCGCCGCCCUCCUCCAACGAGGACUCGGCGGACUCCUGCGGCGCACCGCCCGGCUCCAAGCGGAAACGGAAACCGGAGCGCACGAUCCGCAUGCCCGCCGCACUCCCGCCGAAGUCGGAGCCGGGGCGGACGCCCACGCCCACGUCCACGUCCGCACCCACGCCCACGCCCACUUCCACACCCAACGCCACGCCCACGCCGCUCCAAGAGCCCGCCGAGGCCGUGUACGCAGCGCGCGCCUCCCCCCUAGUGGCGCGCGGCACGCACACCUCGCCCGCCGCCUCGCGCCCGCCCCUCGAGAACGGCGACGCCCACGCCCACGCGCCCAACGGCCCCGCGCUCGACCGACUUCCCACACCCACGCCCACGCCCACCCCCCCGCCGGCGCAGUCGCAGCCCGAGCGGCCACACACGAGGAGAAAAACCCGCUCCGGCUCCGCGGAGACUAUAGACGACAUCGCGGCCAUGAUCGCGGGCACCACCGGCACCAGGGGCCAGCCCGAGCCGGCGCCCGCGGCGGAGCCCGAAGCGCCCGUCACGGUGGACAAGCUGAAGAGCGUGCUCGCCAGCCCCGAGACGCAGGCGGAGCCCGAGAAGGAGCCCGAGCCGGAGACGCCGCCGGUGGAGGCGGCCGCGGCACCCAGGAGGCGGAGCGCCAGGACCUCGAACACGGAGUCCACCAACGUACCUGUCGAGUCGCCGUCAGAGGCGAAACCCGCCGAGCCGGAGGCGGAGCCGGGCAGCGCCGAGCCGACGGCCGCGAGCUUCGUCGAGGUCGAGAACCAGCUGGAGAAGAUGUUCGCCGGCCUGGAGGAGGAGGCGCCCGCCGCGACGGGGGCGGGGGCAGGGGGCGCGCGCACGGCCAAGGCGAAGAAGCGGCGGAAGUCGGCGCCCACGAAGGGCGAGCGGAAGGUGGCGAAGAGGGCGGCGCGCGCCUCGGCCGACGAGGCGCGCAGGAAGACGCCGCGCCGGAAGGGCCAGGAGGCGGCGAAGCGGCCGAAGGAGAGCGCCGUCAAGGACGCCUACGACUCGGGCAGCAACGCGAGCUCCGGCCGCUCGCGGGGGCCGUACAUACAGAUCGUGGGCCCGUGCGCGUCGCCGGUGUCCGUGUCGGUGGUGAACGCGUCCGCGGCGGAGGAGGCGGCCGGCGGCGACUGGCGCAACGGGCUGCGCGCGCGCGGCCUGCACGCCAGCACGCUGGGGCUGCGCUACGACGCGAGCACGCCCGACGCCUCGUGGCUGUGCGCGUUCUGCGAGCGCGGGCCGCACGCGCGCGCCCUCGGCGACCUCUUCGGCCCCUACGCGGUGCCCACCGACUGCGACGAGUUCAGAGCGUUGGACGAGGCGUCGCGCCGCCGCUUCCCGGCGAUGGCGGGCGGGGCGGAGGUGUGGCUGCACGAGGCGUGCGCUGUGUGGGCGGGCGGCGUGGUGGCGGCGGGCGCGCGCGUCUGGGGCCUGGCGCCCGCCGUGUGGGCUGCGAGGGCGGCGCGGUGCGUCGCGUGCGGCAGGGCGGGCGCGGCUGUGGUGUGCGCGACGCGGGCGUGCCGUGCGCGCGUCCACGUGCCGUGCGCGCCCGACGCCGACUGGCGCCUGCUCGAGGACGAGUUCCGCGCGCUGUGCCCCCGCCACGCCCCGCCUCUCCCGCCGGCGCCAGCCCCCUCCGCCGCGGCCGCGCCCAACCGG